AAACUAGAGUUGACAGAUGACAGAGAAAGUGCGCGUCCCCCUCCACUCAGCAAGAUUUGCCUUCUGGUUUUUCUGAUCGACUGAGAGGAAAAGGAGCUCGCAGAGCAAGCAGGAACUGAGAAAGAUGAGGAAAUUGAAGCAGUUCAUAGCAGGGGAUGAGGAUGGCGAUAGGGGAGAGAGCUUCUUGGAGGAAGAUUCAGAUGGGUCUUGUUCCCUCACUGCAACACAGAGAAUGUACGCAUUCGCGGCUUGCCUGGCUGCUGGUCUGGCUUUCAUGUUUCUGUCAUUGAUUGUCUUUGUGAAACCCAUCAAGUUCGCCUUGUUGUUCACUUUCGGCAACAUAUUUGCUGUUGGAAGCACAGCCUUUCUCAUUGGAACUGGGCAGCAACUGACCAUGAUGUUUGACUCCACCCGUGUAUAUGCAACUUCCAUAUACCUUGGAUUCGUCGUUGUAUCACUUAUCUGCGCUCUUUUGAUCCACAACAAGAUUUUGACACUGAUUGCUAUACUAUGUGAAAUAUGUGCCCUAAUUUGGUACAGUUUGAGCUACAUUCCUUUCGCUCGAACAAUGGUGUCCAACUUGAUGGUUCGUGUCUUCGACACAGAACUAUGACCAACCAACCCGCCCUUUCUCUCUCACCAGGAGCUCCAUUCGGCACACCUUCCCUAACAGCUCUCUUGGAAGCAAAGCCAUGGCAUGGCUUCCACCGGACUUUCUACUCGUAUGCCGUCAGUGCCAUCAUCAAACUAGCUUUUCGAGCUUGGUGCUCCCAGUUUUGUGAACCCGAUAAAGAAUGUGUCCUCCCUUCCUUCACCAUUUCAGGUGGUUUCUGACUUCACCCUGUGUUCCCCUCCUCAUUUGUAUUAACACAAUCCCAUUUGAGUUCCUGGGGAGAAGAAAUGCAUCACUCUCGGCUCCUUGGUUCUUGCUGUGUGCAAUGCUGUUCGUUUUUCCUUUAUUCCACCUCCUGUCCCCUACUUUGGCAUUGAUUAUCCUCGCCUCGGCCUUGAAGAAGCAAACGAAUGGGCCUCGAGUCUCAGAAUAGCAAAUUGGUCCUCGUGAUCCAAUCCGCACCUGCAGAGGAAUCUCUAUGAUGAUUUCUAAAACAGACUCCUCCAGACAAACUGGAUUAGCCUAUCUCAUUAGUGAUCAUACAGGGAAUAAAUGAGUUUCACAAAAUGAGUUUCUUGGACAGGCAACUGUGCACACUGUACAGUACUAAUAUAGCAGCAGAGCAGAGACGACUGACAGUCACAGUAGAAAUGGAACAGGUUUGCCUGGAUGGGCCAGAUCCCAGAUGGAAGAAGAAGAAGAAAGUUAUUUAUAUAUUUGGGGCUUAAUUGCAAGUUUGGUCACUCGAAUUGGUAUAAAAUUUCACGUUUGCCACUUAAAUUGAUUUAUUUCAUUUAUAGUCACUCAAAUUAGUUGAACAGUCCAAAUUCGGUCACUCUCCGUUAACCUUCAUUAGACUCCGUUAAUGACGACCGUUAAGUGAUGACGUGGCUAACAGAAAAUCACAGUCAGCAUAUUUUAACACUAAAAAAUGACGACCCGACCCGCCACGUCACAUUUACCCGCCAUGUCAGCUCUUCUUGCCCAACUCGCGAACCAACUCAAUUAAUUGACCCAAACCCAAAAACGAAACCCAAUUAGCCCAACCCGCGUACCGUCGUUCCGGUCUCCACUAAGAGGGAGAUCGUUCAGAAAUCCGGCCAACGCUUCGGUGAAGGACAUUGGCGAUCAAAUAGCAAAGGGAGAAGAAUUCGAGAGGAAGGCUGAGAAGAAGAUCAGCGGCUGGAGCGUAUUUGGGUCCAAGCAAAGAUGUCGCUGAGUUGUACGCUAAAUCUGCCAACCAUUUCAAAUUCGCCAAAUCAUGUAUGUCGCCGGCCACCUGCUACCCGUCCUUCCUCCUCUCUGUCAGAUUCCUUAUUUUCUUGCUAAAUCUCGUGGUUGUUAUUAAGUGCAGGGGAUAGAGCGGGUUCUAUUUUUGUUAAGCUCUCUAAUUGCCAUCUCAAGGUAGAAUUACUGAACCCAUCGGAAUCAACGGCUUUCUCUUAGAUCUUUGGUUAGGGUUAAUCAACCCCGCACCACAAUGGGUUCUGUGACUUCUAAUUGGGUUGGGGUCAAUUAAUUGGGAUGGUUCGCGGUUUGGGCAUGACAUGGCGGGUAAAUGUGACGUGGCGGGUCGGGUCAUCAUUUUUUAGUGUUAAAAUAUGCUGACUGUGAUUUUCUGUUAGCCAUGUCAUCACUUAACAGUCGUCAUUAACGGAGUCUAACAGAGGUUAACGGAGAGUGACCAAACUUGGACUGUUCAACUAAUUCGAGUGACUAUAAAUGAAAUAAAUCAAUUUGA